AUGAAGCCUUCCACCUCUGCCGUGUUGGCCGCCCUCUUUGGGUUCGCCGCUGCUCAGUGUAACAGGGACAACUGCCUGAGAGCCAUUGCUGCCAGUGCCUUCACCACCAGAAGCGGUACUGCCGACUGCUCUCGGUACCUGCAGGUGACCGUCUACCCCGGUGCCACGACGACCACUACAACCGUGACGGUCCCGACCAGCGGAGUCUUCACCUCCACGGUGACUCUCACUUCCGGCGGCGGCGCCGGUCCUGUUGAGACCAGCCUCGUCGUCGAGACCGAGUUGGCCUCCUCCACGGCCACCUCCCUCGUCGGCGUCACCCAGACCACGACCGUCGCCACAGAGGUCGUCAUCGUUCCCACCACUAUCGUCGUCUCCUCUACCCGGACCCUCACCUUUGGCACCACCGAGAUCACCACCAUCGCCACCGAGACCCAGACCAUCUUCGAGACCAUUGCCCUCAAGAAGCGUCAGGCCGCCACGACCGCCAUCUCCGCAAACACCUUCCCGGCCUACGCUUCCGCCUGCAGCUCCGUCGCCCGCUACGCCUCGGCCUGCUCGUGCCUCGGCGUCACGCCCAACACGGUGACCUCGGCCGUCGCCACCGCCACGGCAACCGUCUCGGUCCCGGCCACGAUCCUGUCCACCUCCAUCGUGACCGUCACCGUUUCCGGCAGCGGAUCUCCCGGCUCCACGGCUCUCUCCACGACCACAACGACCUCGACCGCCGUCACCACCGUCCUCGCCACGUCCACGGCCUUGGAGGCGGUCACAGCCACGACCUCCGUCGGCAGCACGUCUACGGAAGUGGUUGAGGAGGUUACCUCUGUCACUGGUACUUUCUUUAACAACGCUACCUUCACCACCUUCGUUACCCGCACCACCUCGCUGCCUCCUAUUUUCAACACAACUAUUACCAUUGGACCCUCGUCCACCACGUCCGAAACCGAGUCUUCCUCCACUGGUUCUACCAUCUUUGACAGCACCAGCACUGAGGCUAGCUCAUCCGCUCCCUCUUCCUCUUUCUUCCCCAACUCUACCAUUAUCUCUACUAUUUCAGAGACCUCUUCCACCUUUACUUCUACUAUUUUCCCCAACAUCACUUCUACCGGAUCCAGCUCGUUCCCCAGCGAGUCUUCCAUCACCUCGACCUUCUUCCCCAACACCACAAUCACGUCCGGGUCGACCACCAUCACGUCGAGCUUCGCCUCCACCACCGUGUUCCCCAACACGACCACGUCCUCCGUUGAGAGCGAGUCGAGCACCGUCUUCCCUACCAGCAGCGGCUUCCCCAACACCACAAUCACCUCUGGCAGCGAGACCUCGACCGUCUUCCCUACCACCACGCUCUUCCCGAACUCGACCACCUCCGAGACAGCCUCAGUCUCGCCCACCUUCUUCCCCAACAGCACGACUCUCACCUCUGGUAGCGAGUCCUCUGCCUUCCCUUCGUCGACUCUGUUCCCCAACACCACCACGGCCACCACCGCCACCGAGUCUUCUUCUACUUUCACUUCCAUCUCUAUCUCUAGCUUCUUCCCUAAUGUGACUUCCACCGAGUCGACUUCCGCCUUCCCUACUUCCACUCUCUUCCCUAACGUCACCUCCACUGAGUCCUCCACGGUCUUCCCCUCAUCCACCCUCUCCCCCAACACCACGACCCUGACCAUCUCGGAGCCCUCUACGACUCUGACGUCCACCUCCACCUUCUUCCCCAACGUCUCUUCCACCGAGUCGUCGGCCCUGUCCUCCUCCACCGUGGCCCCCAACGCUACCCUGACCGUCAUCACCUCGGGCACCGAGACCUCGACCCUGUUCCCCACGUCGACUCUCUUCCCGAACUCGACCGCCAUUGAGUCCUCCACCAUCACCUCCCUGACUUCCUCUGUUGGCCCUACCUUCUUCCCCAACAGCACCACCUUCACCGAUGAACCCACCGUCACCAUCAGCAUCAUCAGCUCCACCUCUACCGAUGACGUGAGCUCUUCCACUUCCGCCUCCGAGACCUCUACGUCAGCAUCUUCCGCCGAUGAGUCCUCCUCAACUUCUGCCUCCGCCAGCAGCACCUCCACCUCAGACAUCUCCAGCACCGCCUCAUCAACCUCCGCCUCAGCCUCCUCCAGCGCAAGCAGCACCUUCGUCACAAGCACCCUGACCACAGUCACCUCCUCCUCAACCUCCUCCUCCGCAACCCCGACCUCAACAGACGUCAUCGCCAAGAACCUCUGCCUCAAGGUCGCAACCGGCCCCACGCCCGGCUCCGUCGUCGCCCUCGGCUCAAACCGCUUCACAAUCAAGCCAGCCGGCACCGAAGCAGCCCUCUUCGACCUGAACCUCUCCACCGGCCAGCUCUUCCAGACCAACGGCGAGCUCGUCGCCGUUCCGGCCCCUUACGCAGACGACAACCGCCCCGUCAACGGCUUCACCUCGCGCCAGACCCUGGUCCGCAAGCUCGCGCCCUUCGUCUGCGCCACAAACGGCCAGUCCCUCCUCGUCGGCGUCCCCCUCAACUGCACCGCCUCCGGCGACGACGGCGUCAACCAGAACACGUACUCGCGCUUCUUCUACAACAAGAAUUCGGCCGACUCGGUCCUCCGCGUCGCGACCGCGGGUCGUCCCUUCACCAACAACAACCAGGCUAUUACCCUGGCUCCCUUCAACCAGGGCGACUGCUAG